AUGGCCGGCCCACCAUCAUACCCCGCCAAUACCAACCUCACCUCCAACCCACCACCCCCAUCGACAUCAUCACAGUCCAACGUCGCAUUCACACCAAGUGCAACAUCAGUCGCCGACUCCUCAGACAAUGAAUUCGAGCCAACCCCCGUCCACAGCCCAGGCGGUCCACAAUAUGAAGAUUUGCCACCAUCCUACGACGAGGCGCGGGACCAAGCCGUCCACGACACCCGUCAUGGCAUCGCGCCCGUAGACCCCAGCCAAAUCGAAGCCCACCGCAUCACCACCAACGAAGGACCAAACGAGCCAGAAGUAUGGGAGUACCGCGUAAGAGGCGAAGAAACAGAUCCGGCAAGUGAACAGGAGCAAGCACCGGAUUAUGCGAAUCAUACAAACGACAAGGCCACCAGUGUUCCAGUCCAGCAUGUCAGUACGAGUGAGAACAUCGCAGUGGGACGAGUGCAUAGCGGAUCUACUUCCUCAAGCAGCAAAGAGAAACAGCCUGAUCUAGCUUCUGACCUGCUCGCCCAAGCUCUGGAGUUCAGCCGUGAAGAACCAGAUGCGAGGGCGCAGUAUGCACCGCAUCUAAACCGCAUCAUCGCGAUACCCGAGCAUGCAGGACCAGCAAGACGUGCAGACGAACACGUAUACUUCCUAGUUGCGUACGCCGAAGUGUUGGACCGACAUUCCAUCAAGCCAGCCGAAUUUGCUGAGUUCUUGUACGGUCUACAAGUCCUGACCACAGCGGCGCACACGACGGCUGAAGACUUGCUUCUUGAACCGACACAUCAAGGCCUUCCUUCCAGCAUCGUACACGACUACAUCCGAGGAGCGAAUGAAGCUUUCUUCGCGCCAAGAGGUCUCGUGGUAUCUUUCCGCAGCGAGACUGCGCUUCUAGACAUGCUACCCAUACCCGCAGGCCACAAACCCAGCGUUCUCGCCAACCUGGCCGAUAAGACUGCAACGGCUGAAUGGCGUGCAAGGCAAUUAUACCCCUGGAUCGAAGCUCUCGACGGGGACGCAGUGCCCAUGCCGAGCGAGAGAGUGCUUAAGCUGCAUGAGAUGAGUGAACGUUUCUCGGGUCAUACGACGGCUACUGGCUCGUCUGAUUAUGCUGGAAACAACGGUCUCGAAUCUACUGGUGCACAUGAAGACCCUCCUCACUCCAUCCCCGGACCUCCAGAGGAAUCCCCCCACGCACACGGUCGACAUGGACGAGGCGCCCAUCAUCCGCGUGGCAGACGAGGCGGUCACUGGUCGCCGUUUGGUAUGCCAGGCCAUGGCCCCUUUGGUGCACCCGGUAACGGUCCUUUCGGCGCUCCCGGGUAUGGGCCUUUCGGGUGCGGCAGUCGAGGACCUUUCGGGCCCCGAGGCAACGCCUUCUUCGGUAGAGGAGGCUGCUCCUCUCGUGGCGGACGUGGACGCGGACGUGGACCCCCACAAUCCGGAAACGAGUGGGCAGAAGUAGGCAAAGAAUUAGGCAAGAUUGGUGAGCAAUUCGGUAGACAUAUGGGUGAUUUGGGUGUGGAGAUUGGGAAGCGUGCGAGUGCUUUUGGGGUGGAGGUGGGUAGGAUGGCUGGGGGGAAUGCUGGUGGAAGUGGAGGUGGGAAUGCAGGUGGAAGUGGAAAUGCAGGUGCAAGUGUGAGUAUGAGUGGCAAUAGAGGGCCUACUAUCUCAGGUCCUGCCUCGUACGAGCAAGUCCACAACGACCUCCCACCUGCUUAUGCUGCACCGCCGGGACAAGAGACAGGCGUGCUAUAUAGCGACCGCAAAAUCGACACGGCAUACCCUACCGACACGAAGGAUAAGGGGAAAGCUAUUGCCAAGGACGUGGAUGACGACGACGAUACCUCCUCCCUCUCAUCUGAUAGUUCAGACUCAGAUUCAGACUCAGAUUCAGACUCAGACUACGACUCCGACUCCGACUUCACCCCCGCCACCACCGACAAGACCAAAGCCCUCAAGCUCGCACGCCGCCAGAUCAAACAGCGAAACCGCCAACUCAAAAAGGACCACAAAGCCAAGAAACGCGAACUCAAAGCCAAACACGCUGAUACCAACACCAAGGGCAAAGGCAAAGCGGCGAAGAAAGCGAAGAAGGACCCACAGUACAAAGCAGCGAAGAAAGAGUACAAAGCGCAGAGGAAGGAACUGAAGAAAGAGAGAUUGGCUGUGAAGAGGGAGUGGCGGGAUGCGAGGGAGGAGGUGAAGAGGGAGAAGAGGGGGGUGAAGACAGGGAUGGCUGCUGGAGGGAUGUCGAGAGGAGAGGUUGAGAAAGAGGGAGAAAGAAACGAGGGGGUUUGGUUGGUGAUUGAAAAUCUGGCGCCUUAG